UAAACCGUUAAGUGUUCAGAGCAAUAAGCCGAUACUGUGCUGUAUUAUGUUUGAGUAACAUGUUUACGCAAUACAACAAUAUCGAUAUGUUAGUGUACCGUUCGCCUCUCGCAACGUUCGACAAAUGUUUGGAGAGCUGGACAUUAAAUCGUGUACUCCCAAAUGCUUCUAAUCUGGCUGGUCCUCAUCCCAUCAGUGGCGGCCUUCGUUUGCAAAAGCGCCUGCGAAUUAUGCGCGAUGGGCACUAACCAGGAUUCCGCCGCCUGUGCUCUGUGCAGGGAUUGCAAGAGUUCCGAAAAUCGUCGCAUGAUGGAUUUCACCCAUAGAAAACCAACUCUAAGCGACCAGCAGAAGGAAGAUUUGAAAGAAUUAGAGAAAUUAGAGUUCAAAAAGGUCAUGCAGGAAUACGGAUUGAAGCCGGAGGACCUGAUAGAUGACAAUGACGCUAUGGAGUGGACUCCUAAUCUUAGGCAGCAAACUGAUCCCACCCCUUGCGACAUAGGGCCAUUCACAAAAAGCUGCUUUAUUACAAAUUCGAGGGAGCCGCAGGAGACGAAGAAGGAGGAUGAGGAUGAGGACGCGAACGAGAGUCCGACAAACAGUGGCAAGGAUGAGUUACUGACAGGCAAAACAAAGACAAAGACUAAAGCGAAAGGCAAAGAGCAAAGGUAUAAAAAAAAUUGCCUUAACAACUGCUCUCCACCAGUCACUCCCAGGAGGCCUAGGACUGCUAGGCCUACGAGUACGCGUUGCCCGCCUGUCACGCCUUGUAAGAACGCCUUGAAGAUGAUCACACAACAAGGACAAUCAAGCUCGACGUUAUCACCUUAUGCGUACAUUUUAAACAAUGUAGUAACUCUGAGUGACUCGGACUACGAUUUAAAUGACCAAGGUUGUCCUACCCAGCCCAUUUGCUCUGAUGACAAAGACUAUGAAAUGCGAGUAACAAAAAGGGAAUCCGUCCGUCCGACGAAGAUUAUCACGAAAACUUGGUGUCCCGAGAAACUGUUUAAGAUGCUAACCACAAGUACCACAACACCACCUUGUGUGCCUUGUAUGCCUUUUUGUCAGCUACCUUGCGUGAUAAUGCCACAAACACCCUUUCUACCAACUCAAGAGACUCUGACAGAAAAAUACACAAACGAGAGAAGUGAAGAAAACAACCCAAUCCUACCAAAAGAAGAAAUGACUAAAACAUCGAGUGUAGGAACGACGAAAGACUACAUUUACGUAUAUGUAGGCGUUCCAAAAGAUGUGAAACAUUUACGUAAAGGCUGAACACGCAAAAUUAUGAAUUUCUUUUUAAUAUACACUGAUUUAAACUUU